AUGGGUCGAGUUUCAUUCAAAGAAGAACCAAAAAUAUGCGCUUCUGAAAUUGAGGAGGAACCUUCGAAGGUGUACGAGUACCAGGAUACUCCAGAGAACAAAUCAUGGGCUGGAACAUUGCCCUUGAAGCAGGGUCUCUAUGAUCCAGAUCUUGAGAAAGAUGCUUGUGGAGUAGGCUUUGCUGCCCAUAUCAAGGGUAAAGCGAGCCACAAGAUUGUCAGUGAUGCUCGCAGUUUACUUUGCAACAUGACCCAUCGUGGCGCUGUCGGCUCUGACGCUAGAGAUGGCGACGGCGCUGGAGUCAUGACGUCGAUCCCUCACAAGUUCUUCGUGAAGAAUUUCGAGCGCGAGCAGGGCAUCAAGCUGCCCAAACAAGGCCAGUAUGCCGCCGGCAAUCUAUUCUUCAAACCGGACACAGAGAUACUGAAAGACACAAUCGCUACAUUUGAGGAUGUGGCCGACUCGCUAGAUCUGCGUGUGCUAGGAUGGCGAGAAGUGCCACGAGACUCAACGCUACUGGGGCCGGCAGCUCUGUCGCGUGAGCCUAUUGUUCUGCAGCCUUUUGUGGUCCUCAAGACUGCUUAUGGCGAGGGAAAAUCGCCACUGGAGAGCUUUGAAGAAAAGUAUGACGAGCCGUACUUUGAGAGGCAACUGUACGUUCUACGAAAGCGGGCGACGCAUGUCAUUGGUCUGCACAACUGGUUUUACUUGUGUUCUUUGAGCAAUAAGAACAUCGUUUACAAGGGCCAACUGGCUCCCGUGCAAGUCUACGAGUAUUACCAUGAUUUGGUAAACGUAGAUUAUGAAGGUCACUUCGCCUUGGUACAUUCCCGAUUCUCCACCAACACGUUCCCUAGCUGGGACAGAGCGCAACCGCUCCGGUGGGCGGCCCACAACGGUGAGAUCAACACCCUGCGAGGUAACAAGAAUUGGAUGCGUGCAAGAGAAGGUGUCAUGAAAUCUGAUCUCUUUGGUGAUGAGCUCGAUCUCCUCUAUCCUAUCAUUGAAGACGGUGGCUCUGAUUCGGCCGCCUUCGACAAUGUCCUCGAACUCCUCGUUAUUAAUGGUGUCCUUUCCCUACCCGAAGCAGUCAUGCUCAUGGUUCCAGAAGCCUGGCAAGGUAAUGAUUCUAUUGACCCUGCUAAGCAAGCUUUCUACGAGUGGGCUUCGUGUAUGAUGGAGCCAUGGGAUGGCCCUGCCCUGUUCACCUUUGCAGAUGGUCGUUACUGCGGUGCUAACCUUGAUCGAAAUGGUCUACGUCCAUGCCGUUACUACGUUACUGAUGAUGAUCGCAUCAUUUGUGCCUCUGAAGUAGGUACAAUCGCCGUCGACCCCGAACGCAUCGUACAGAAGGGCAGACUUCAGCCUGGAAGGAUGUUGCUUGUAGAUACUGUUGCUGGCCGUAUCGUCGAUGAUGCUGAACUGAAAGAAUCUGUUGCAAAUCGCCAGAAUUUUGGUGCGUGGGUUGAAAAGAACUUGAUCUCAAUGGAUGGCGUAGUUGCAGACAUCACAAAAUCCGGCACAUCUAUUGCUCACAAGAUCACUGAAACCAAGCUCCAAGAAGACCCGAGACUAAGAGCUUUCGGUUACUCCCUUGAACAGAUCAGUUUGUUGCUUGGUCCAAUGGCUGCUGACUCCAAGGAAGCUCUGGGUUCUAUGGGUAAUGACGCCCCCUUGGCCUGCCUUGCUGCGCAGCCACGUCUUCUCUACGAAUACUUCCGUCAGCUAUUCGCACAGGUCACCAACCCUCCUAUCGAUCCCAUUCGUGAAGCCAUUGUCAUGUCUCUAGAGGCAUACGUCGGCCCUCAGGGCAAUCUGCUUGAGAUGAACGAGAGCCAGUGCUCGCGUCUUCUGUUGCCAUCUCCUGUGCUUUCACUUGAAGAGUUCAAUGCACUCACGAACAUCUCCAAGGUCCAGUCGGCCUGGUCUGUCCAGACUAUCGAUAUCACAUUCCCCAAAGAGCAGGGUGUACAAGGAUAUAUGGAUGCCUUGGAUACCAUCUGCGACCGAGUGACUGACGCCAUCAACAGCCACAAGAGUAUUAUCGUGCUCUCUGACCGUGCCACCUCUGUCGAUCGUGUGGCAGUCUCCGCUCUUCUCGCUACUGGUAUGGUACACCAUCACCUCGUGCGCAACAGGUGGCGAUCUCAAGCAGCCCUCAUUAUCGAGACUGCCGAAGCUCGUGAGGUGCAUCACAUGUGUGUCCUUAUUGGGUACGGAGCUGAUGCUGUCUGUCCAUAUCUUGCCAUCGAAUGUAUUUUGAAGAUGCACCGAGAAGGCCUCAUCCGCAAGAAGCUCGAACCAGAGCAGCUCGUUGAGAAUUACAAACACUCGUGUGACGGUGGGAUCCUGAAGGUCAUGAGUAAGAUGGGUAUCUCUACACUCCAGAGUUAUAAAGGAGCGCAGAUCUUCGAGGCUCUGGGUAUCGAUGACUCGGUCGUCGACCGAUGCUUCACCGGCACCGCCAGUCGUAUCAAGGGUAUGACUUUCGAGCUCAUUGCCCAAGACGCAUUCGCCCUCCACGAGAAGGGCUAUCCGUCCAAGUCUAUCGUUGAGAUUCCGGGCCUGGCCGAGACUGGCGAGUACCACUGGAGAGACGGCGGUGAACCUCACGUCAACGACCCAACUGCCAUUGCAAACAUACAGGAUGCCGUACGCUCCAAGAACGACAAGUCAUAUGAGGCAUACUCGAUCGCUGAGUACGAGCGAAUCAAAGACUGUACGCUUCGCGGUCUUCUCGACUUUGACUUUGAAGAUCGUGCCGCUGUACCUAUCGAGCAAGUCGAACCCUGGACUGAAAUUGUUCGCCGGUUCGUCACUGGUGCCAUGUCAUACGGCUCAAUCUCCAUGGAGUCCCAUUCGACCUUAGCUGUGGCUAUGAACCGUCUCGGAGGCAAAUCCAACACCGGCGAGGGUGGUGAAGACGCGGAACGUAGCUUGCGGAUGGAGAAUGGCGACACGAUGCGUUCGGCCAUCAAGCAGAUCGCGUCUGGUCGUUUCGGUGUUACCAGUAACUAUCUUGCCGAUGCUGAUGAACUUCAAAUCAAGAUGGCACAGGGCGCUAAACCGGGUGAGGGUGGUGAGCUUCCUGGCCAUAAGGUUUCCGGUCCCAUUGCGAAGACGCGUCACUCCACUCCUGGCGUGGGUCUGAUCUCACCGCCACCACAUCACGACAUCUACUCGAUUGAAGAUCUGAAGCAGCUUAUCUAUGACCUAAAGUGCUCUAAUCCCCGGUCUCGUGUGUCUGUCAAGCUUGUGUCCGAGACUGGUGUUGGUAUUGUCGCAUCGGGUGUUGCCAAGGCCAAGGCCGACCACAUUCUCAUUUCUGGUCACGAUGGUGGUACCGGCGCUUCGAGAUGGACAGGUAUCAAGUAUGCCGGUCUACCUUGGGAGCUUGGUCUUGCGGAAACUCAUCAAACUCUUGUGCUGAACGAUCUGCGUGGUCGUGUUAUUGUUCAGACAGACGGCCAGCUCCGCACCGGUCGUGACGUUGCUCUUGCCUGCCUGCUUGGUGCCGAGGAAUGGGGCUUUGCCACUACACCAUUGAUCGCUAUGGGCUGUAUCAUGAUGCGUAAAUGCCAUUUGAACACAUGCCCCGUUGGUAUUGCUACUCAGGAUCCUGAACUGCGCAAGAAGUUCACUGGUACCCCGGAGCAUGUCAUCAACUUCUUCUACUACGUUGCCAAUGAACUCCGAGCUAUCAUGGCUAAGCUUGGCUUUCGCACCGUCAACGAGAUGGUUGGUCGCUGCGACGUGCUACGCGUCAGAGAUGACCUUCGCACAGCCAAGACCGAGAACAUUGAUCUCUCUCUCAUCCUCACUCCUGCACACACUCUCCGACCAGGUGUUGCCACGUACAACGUUCGCAAGCAGGACCACAAGCUACACAUCCGCCUCGAUAACAAGUUGAUUGCCGAGUCCGAGCUCGCACUUGAGAAAGGUUUACCAGUCCGCAUCGAAUGUGACGUCGUCAACACCGACCGCGCCCUGGGGGCGACUCUAUCUUACCAGAUUAGCAGACGCUAUGGUGAAGCUGGUCUACCGCAGGAUACUAUUCAUGCAAACAUCAGGGGCUCGGCCGGCCAGUCGUUCGGUGCGUACUUGGCACCUGGUGUGACUCUAGAGCUAGAGGGUGACGCCAAUGACUACGUUGGCAAAGGCCUGUCCGGUGGUAGGCUCAUUGUUUACCCACCCAGAUCUGCUGUGUACAAGGCUGAGGAGAAUGUACUCAUCGGAAACGUGUGUCUAUACGGCGCGACCAGCGGAACGUGUUUCUUCCGCGGAGUCGCGGCUGAGCGUUUCGCCGUGCGCAACUCUGGCGUGACAGCGGUCGUUGAAGGAGUUGGUGAUCACGGUUGCGAGUACAUGACCGGCGGUCGCGUACUUGUCCUUGGCUCUACCGGACGCAACUUUGCUGCUGGUAUGUCGGGUGGUAUCGCCUAUGUUCUCGACAUGCACCACGACUUCGAGGGCAAAGUCAAUCAGGAGAUGGUUGAGCUUUCAAGUCUGGAGGAUCCAACGGAGAUUGCAUUUCUGCGUGGUCUGGUCGAGGAUCACCAUCACUACACUGGAUCUGAGCUUGCUGCACGCAUCCUUCUUGACUUCACAAGAGCCCUACCUCGCUUUGUUAAGGUGUUGCCUACCGACUACAAGCGUGUCAUGGAAGAGGAGGCUAAGAAGGCUGAAGAGGCAAGAAAGGCCGCUUAUCCUUUGCCAAUCUUACCUGGUAACAAGGUACGUGAGAUUCAUCAAGAAUCUCGUGACAAGGAACACGCCGCUCAAGAAAAAGAGAAGAAGAAGAAUGACCUCUUGGACAUUGAAGAGAGCGUUGGGGAUGCCAAGGCGGAGAAGAAGCGAUCGGCCCUCGUCUUGGACAAGACGCGUGGCUUUAUGAAAUACCACCGCCGCUCUGAGAAGUACCGUAACCCGAAGACUCGGACACGCGACUGGCAGGAGCUUUCAAGCCGUCUAAAUAUGGAUGAGCUCAAGUACCAGACUGCCCGAUGCAUGGACUGUGGCGUCCCGUUCUGCCAGUCUGACUCCGGCUGUCCCAUUAGCAACAUCAUUCCGAAAUGGAACGAAUUAGUGUUCCAAAACCAAUGGAGGGAUGCUCUCAAUCGUUUGCUUAUGACAAAUAACUUUCCGGAAUUUACUGGUCGUGUUUGUCCAGCUCCUUGCGAGGGUGCUUGCGUUCUUGGCAUCAACGAAGAUCCAGUCGGCAUCAAGUCUAUCGAAUGCGCCAUCAUCGACCGAGGUUUCGAAAUGGGAUGGAUGGUACCUACACCCCCCAAAUACCGCAGUGGUCAGAAAGUCGCAAUUAUUGGCUCCGGUCCUGCCGGUCUUGCCUGCGCUGACCAGCUCAACAAAGCUGGCCAUUUGGUCACCGUUUACGAGCGGUCUGACCGCGUUGGUGGCCUACUCAUGUACGGCAUUCCCAACAUGAAGCUCGACAAGAAGGUUGUGCAGCGCCGCGUAGAUUUCUUAGCCGACGAAGGCGUAACUUUCGUCACUGGAGUCUUUGUAGGUGAGGGAGAUAUCACUCUUGACUCGUUGCGCGAGGAGAAUGAUGCAGUCGUCAUUGCAACUGGCGCGACUGUUGCCCGCGAUCUCCCAAUUCCAAACCGAAACCUUGAGGGCAUCCACUAUGCCAUGCAGUUCCUUCACAAAAACACCAAGUCUCUCCUCGACUCUGAGCUGGCCGAUGGAGAGUACAUCUCCGCCAAGGACAAGCACGUUGUUGUUAUCGGUGGUGGUGAUACCGGUAAUGACUGUAUUGGUACAUCUGUUCGACACGGUGCUAAGUCAGUCACCAAUUUUGAGCUACUUCCGCAGCCUCCAAACGAACGUGCUCGCGACAACCCAUGGCCGCAAUGGCCACGUAUCUACCGUGUCGACUACGGCCACACAGAAGUCAAGACCCACAUGGGCAAGGAUCCACGCGAAUACUGCGUCAUGUCCAAGGAGUUCGUCGAUGACGGCUCUGGCAAAGUCAAGGGUAUCAACACCAUUCGUGUUGAGUGGACUAAGAACUCGUCUGGUGGCUGGGACAUGAAACACAAAGAGGGAAGCGAAGAGUUCUUCCCUGCUGAGCUUGUACUCCUAUCCAUGGGUUUCUUGGGCCCGGAGGACCGUAUCUUAGGAGAAAAAAUCGAAAAAGAUGCGCGCAAGAAUGUCAAGACACCCCAGGGAAAAUACAACACCAACCUACCGGGUGUCUUUGCCGCUGGUGAUUGCCGACGAGGUCAAUCACUGAUUGUCUGGGGCAUCAACGAAGGUCGCAUGGCCGCUCGAGACGUAGAUACGUACCUUACCGGCGUUGGAACUCAACUCCCUGUGACCGGCGGUGUCGUGAAGCGCCCACCGUACGAGCUUCUGAAGAAGGCUGAGGGAGCACCCAAAGAGCUUAUUACAGCUGCCGCCUAA